ACGAAUAGGAAGGAUCAUUUUUGUAAGUUUGAAACCUAGAAGACGAUCCUGAUCGACUUCCCCAAAUUGCCUAUUCGCUGCCCACAUAAGCAAUUUCAGUGUUUCGAUUAAGCGAAUUAAAUGUGAAAUCAGCAAAGUUCGUCAGAGUAUUGGUGGAAUUGAGGAAACGUAAUUUCGUUCUUCUACCCUGAUUCAAUUAAUUUGGCUUAAGAUGGAGAAUACAAACGAAGCAGUAGAAGGAGAAGGAGAAGGAGACGCAUGUUUUGAGGGCAAAUCGGACAUUUCACAAGUGAAGAAACUGUUGUUUAGGCGAAUGUUGGUAGGGGUAAGUGAUGGGAGAUUCUUCAUGGGAGCAUUUUACUGUAUGGAUAAACAAGGAAACAUAAUUCUUCAAGAUGCUGUGGAAUAUCGAAGCACCAGAAGAUCAUCUCCUUCUCCCAUGGAACAAAGAGGUCUAGGGUUGAUAUUAAUCCCUUCAUCUUGCAGAAUCUCAUGUCAUGUUGAUUGCUCCAUUGAUGAACACCUCUCACUCCUCUCCCUUCAAGCUCAAAAGUAAAAUCUUCAUUCAUACUUUGUGGAAUGUUAUUUUCAAUGAAUCAAAUCUCUCACAUGUUUGGUUCAUGGUAUUAAAUGAAUUGAGAUUCAGUUUCUGUAGUUGAUUUUUAUAUAUGAUGAAGUAUUUCAAUA